GUCCAACUAAGUUUGGAAUUCUUCAUGAACACACUGCAUACCAUGACUCUUCCUCGUCUCUCUUUCAUCAUCUCCUUCAUAUUGUACACAGCUUCGAUUUCUGGACAGAAACUCUACACUCCGACGCUGAGCCUACAACGCCGAGACGUCUUCCGAGACCGGGAACGUGUGGUUUCGGCAUCCAUAACUAACAGUUUCGAAACAUUCUUCUUCAACCAAACGCUCGAUCAUUUCAACUAUAGACCCGAGAGCUACACCACCUUCAAACAGAGAUACUUGAUCAACUCCAACUAUUGGGGUGGCGCAAAUUCUAGUGCACCGAUCUUCGUUUACCUCGGCGCUGAAUCGCCAAUCGACGGAGCCCCGACUGUGAUAGGGUUUCUGACCGAUAACGCAGCUCAAUUCAAGGCUUUAUUAGUUUAUAUUGAGCAUCGGUAUUAUGGUGAGUCAAUUCCACUUGGGAUGAGCUUCGAAGAAGCUCUCAAUGAUACAAAUAUUCGCGGGUAUUUUAGCUCGGCCCAAGCUUUGGCCGAUUAUGCAGCCAUUAUCAUGCACGUGAAGCGGAAAUUAAAAGCCAGAGAUUCUCCAGUUAUUGUGGUGGGAGGAUCAUAUGGAGGAAAGCUUGCUUCGUGGUUUCGGCUAAAAUAUCCGCACGUGACCCUCGGAGCUCUGGCCUCAUCGGCUCCAAUACUGUAUUUCGACGAUAUUACCCCGCAGGAUGCAUACUAUUCUGUGGUCACCAAGGAUUUUAAGGAAGCUAGCGAGACUUGCUACCAAACUAUAGGAGACUCGUGGUCAGAGAUCGAUAGAGUUCUUCAGGAGCCUAAUGGCCUUUCAAACUUAAGCAAGAUGUUCAAGACUUGCAAGCCUUUGGAGAGUGGGGAUGAGCUGAAGAACUACUUGAUAUUGUUGUACGCGGGAGCAGCUCAAUAUGAUGAUCCACCAAGAUAUCCGGUGACAGUGAUAUGCAAGGGCAUUGAUGGAGCAAAUACCACCGAAAAUGGCAUUCUUGGCAAGAUAUUUGCAGGCGUUGUGGCCUACUACGCGAACUCCGCAUGCUACGUCAAUCCUCCCACUAAAGUUUCUGAAACUAGCCUGGGUUGGAGGUGGCAGAGCUGCAGCGAAAUGGUAAUGCCCAUCGGCAUCACAAACAAUUCUAUGUUCCAACCAGACCCUUUCGUCUUGAGCAGCUUCAUUGAUUAUUGCGUCUCCCUGUAUGGCGUCGCGCCUCGUCCGCAUUGGGUCACUACGUACUACGGUGGUCAUGAUAUAGAGCUAGUUCUUCGUAGGUUCGGCAGCAACAUUAUUUUCUCAAAUGGACUCCGAGAUCCUUAUAGUAGCGCGGGGGUCCUGAAGAACAUUUCUGACAGUAUCAUUGCCGUCUACACAAAGAAAGGUUCCCAUUGUUUGGAUAUACUUGCAAAGAAGCAAACCGAUCCAGACUGGUUGGUCAUGCAACGAAAAACCGAAGUUGACAUUAUAAAAGGGUGGAUAGCCAAAUAUUAUGCCGAUCUUCUUGCUUUCAAACAAUGAUAUGAUGAGAUGUUAUAGCCAUAAAUAUGGAUGGUGAAUCGAUUCGGAAAGGCCAUUUCGAUAACAAAUGAGAACAAAAGAAUAAGGUCUAUGUAUCUCACCAUAAAGUUAUCCUUGUAUUUCGUUGCUCCAUUAGAACGAGCUCUUAAUCAAGGAAAUCAAAAUGACUUCCCCCAA